UAGAGAUCGAGUCUGCAACACUGCUCAGAUACCUCCAAGUCGCGAGCAUGGCUCCCUAUGAUAGUGAUUCAUCAGAUGAAGAUGAAGAUUACUCGACCACGAACGUCACUCUCGGUUAUGCCACUACAGAGCCUACAGGAGAUGAUAUCAGCCACCUUGGUGGCUAUCCUACCUGGCUAGACCCGGACCAUCCUCCUUCUGCUGUUCUUGCAAAAUGCAAAGUCUGCAAUGGAUACAUGUCACUCCUCCUGCAACUCAAUGCUGACCUUCAGCAAUACUUCCCUCACGACGAACGACGGCUACAUGUUCUCUGCUGCAGAAAGAAGGCUUGUUCGAAGAAGAUUGGCAGUGUCAGAGCCUUUCGGGAGGUCAGAAAAUGGCAGACGACAGAGAAGAGGGAAAAGGAAACACCGGACGUCCCAGUCGAACAGCCCCAACCUAGUCUUGGAAACGCUCUGUUCGGGGGGACAGGACCGGUUCCCGCAGUGAACGGCACAAACCCAUUCUCGAUGUCGAACAGCAACCCGCCACCUAGUGUAAACCCGUUUUCAUCCCUCGGAGCCGCCUCGACACUUGCCGCAAAGCCUCCGCAAAGACCUGUUGACGAAGCACAGCCUCUGACAGAGAGUUUCGCCGAGAAGCUCAAAAUCCAAUCAGAUACCAAGCCACCCACGAACAACGCAGAGAGGUCUGAGCCUUGGCCUGAACAGUCUCGAUCCGCUCCGCCGUUCUCGUCCUUCUACCUCGAUGCUUACCCGGAAGAGCUGGAAAAGGAACCGGUCACAGAAAUGAAAGCCGAGUCCUCCAAGACACAGUACGACGUGGAUGACAGUGGCAGCGGCGCUGCAUCAGAGAAAGACACCUUCGAGUCCACGCUAGACAAGACUUUUCAAAAAUUCUCGGAUCGAAUAGCUCAAAAUCCGGAACAAGUGUUACGCUAUGAAUUCAAGGGUGAGCCGCUCCUCUAUUCCGGGACAGAUGAUGUCGCUUCGAGGUUCGUAGUGCCCCAUGGGAAACCGGGCGCAGUAAGAGGAAUUCCAAGGUGUGAAAGCUGCGGAGCGCAAAGGGUAUUUGAGCUUCAACUCGUGCCCGGAUUGAUUUACGAGCUGGAAAAAGAUGAGGCUAUGGACCUCGACGAAGGGAUGGAAUGGGGCACAGUGAUCGUUGGGACAUGUGCAAAGAACUGUGUUGUACCAGGAGAGAUAACUUUCCGCGAGGAAUGGGUUGGUGUACAAUGGGAAGAGGCGGCAGUGAAGCAAUGAAAGCACCAAGUCCGUUCAACUCUCGCUAUUACCAAUCAGCCGGUCGAGCGGUACGAUAUUGAGCGACAGACAGACCGGCCACGGUCGCCAAUGGACGUUGUCAGGUGGCCGUUUGUCCUUCAGGUUGUGUGCUGAGCAUGAAAGACAUCACUUUGCUACGGAGCUGCACGAACGAUCCGGCAACGAUGGGAUUUCCUGAGUUGUUGCACACCUUACGAAGCACAUGGUCAUAUGGGGUUUCAGUUGAGGUCCAGCUUCGAUCAGACCCAGCUCUAGUUGAGGUGUCUGAUAUAAGGCGACUGGCACAGCAAAGCCCGAGCACCGGCAGGAGCACCAUACUGUGAUCCCAGGAGACGGGAGAAAGACUAGUCUGACCCGCGUUAUGGGAUCGGUGGCGUCCCUCAAGUCCUGCACAUUUGAUACCCUGGGCAUUCCUUCAGCACCUACCAGGUACAGAUGAGGCUUCUCAUCCGGGGAGAGUUCGUUGCUCAUCAAUUUGCAUGAUGGGUAUGAUUCAAACAGAUGUCCACGAUAUCUAUGUCGUCGCCGGACUUUGACAGUCGGACUUAAAGCAGCUCAGAUGCCACAUAGUAGAGUAUUUGAAUCCUUCACAUCAAUAUACACCCGAC